AUGAAGAUCAAGCCCUUUGUUCUCGGCAUAGCCUCCGUGCUCUGCUCCCUGGUGGACGCACUGCCGAGCCCAGGCAAUGAGACCAGCAAGCCACAGGCCUCAGACCGAAUGGUCUUUGCACAUUUCAUGAUCGGAAUCGUCAGUAACCGCAAGUCGGCUGCCGAUUUCGACAGUGACAUGAAACGUGCGAAAGACCUAGGGAUCGACGCCUUCGCCCUCAACAUUGGUGUGGACCGUGUCGAUCCUUUCACAGACACACAACUAGAGUUUGCGUACCAGUCUGCCGCGAACAAUAACAUGAAGGUUUUCAUCUCCUUCGACUUCAACUGGUGGAAGGAAGAUUCAGAGGCCUCUCAAGUUGGGCAGAAGAUUGCCAGGUUUGGGGGAAAGCCGGCACAGCUCAUGAUGGACGGCAAGGUCUUCGUCUCCUCUUUCGCUGGUGACCGAGUAGAUGUAAACGCGAUCCGUUCGGCUGCUGGUCGGCCCAUCUACUGGGCUCCAAACUAUCACCGACCGGAGAGCACUGAUAUCUCCAAAGUGGAUGCGCUGCUGAACUGGAUGGCCUGGCCCAACGAUGGGAACAACAAGGCACCGAAGCCAGGUCGUCUGGUGACUGUGCAGGAUGGCGAUAAGAAGUAUAUGAAUGCAUUGGGAGGCAAACCCUAUAUCGCUCCCGUCUCUCCUUGGUUCUCCACCCACUUUGGUCCCGAAGUCCCAUAUAGUAAGAACUGGGUCUUCCCAUCGGACAAUCUCUGGUAUGAGCGAUGGAUUGAGAUGCUGAACCUCAAGCCACGCUUCAUUGAAAUCGUCACUUGGAACGACUACGGUGAAUCCCAUUACAUUGCCCCUCUGGCAUCCACCCAUACCGAUGAUGGAUGCUCCAAAUAUGUCAAUGACAUGCCACACAAUGGCUGGAUGGAACUGGCCCGGCCUUUCAUCGCCGCCUAUAAGGCUGGUGCCUCCUCCGUGAACAAAUAUAUCAAGGAUGAGCAAUUGAUCUACUGGUAUCGACCGGCUCCCCGCGGCGUAAACUGCGACGCCACCGACACCUGCAUGGUGCCCGCCGACAACAGCAGCGGCAAUUACUUCAUGGGCCGGCCAAAUGGCUGGGAAUCCAUGGACGAUGUGGUCUUCGUCGUCUCCAUGUUGAAAUCGCCCGCCAAGAUCCAGAUCGCCUCGGGGAGCAGCCAGCAAGUCUUUGAGGCCAAAGCUGGAGCCACAGCCUUCAAAGCCCCGAUGGGCGUCGGGCAGCAGAGCUUCGCCGUCGUCCGCGACGACAAGAUGGUCCUGGCGGGGACGAGUCCCAAGGAUAUCAUCGAUGGCUGUGUGUGCGGUAUCUAUAACUUCAACGCCUUCGGUAAGUAA